GCAGCGCAUGAAAGCGCACACUCAGGCCCGAGGAGUUUCCUGUGAGUCGGGGAGUGCGCACCAGAGAAUCCGAGCAGUACAGUACAUAGGAAAUGACUCAUAGGAGUUGAACUGUUAGCGUGGGUGUGUGCGCUAUUAAAACAAGGCGCAGACUCCUCCGGGUGACUCACUCUGAUGCUCGCUUUUCCAUGCUGAAGCCCAGCGCGGAUUGUUAAUCAGAUGAACUUUCGGGAAUUGUGUGGCCGACAGCGAGCAGCUUUCCACCCGCGGACAUCAUGGCUUCAGUCGCUCUCUGCGCGCUCUGCGGACUUAUUAUAGCGGCCGCGACCAAUUUCUACGGCGUGAGCGCACAGAAAAGUCAGUGCGGCAGAUCAGAGUUUUGGAACUCGGAUUUGGAUCUCUGCGUGCCGUGUGCAUCGUGCAAGCAGUACCCAAAGACGCCGUCAUGCAACACAUGUAAAUCUGUGGAGGAGACGCCUGAUGUGUGGAAGCUGGCAGCCAUCACCAGUUUCUCGGUGCUGGCCGUCGUGCUGGUGGGCGCCGCGCUGAUCAUCGGGGUCAUGGUGCAUCGACGCAAGUCGCACAAAAGGCCCCUACGUGAACCCAUUGAGGAAACUGCGGGGCCACUUUACCAAGCUUAAACAUUUCACCUCAUCCUUCUCUGGAAACAGAUGUGACAGAACCAAGGGGCGACUGGUUCAGAGCCGGAUGGAAGAACCUCUGGACCGCGAACUGCAUACUCUGACUGCAGGGUAUCUCCUGAUCGGAAUCGGACCAUUUUAAUUUAUUGGACUGUCGAGUGACGAGACGUGCUCAGUUCUCACGCUCAGCGCAGGUCCAACAGUGACCGCAGGACUUCCAGCGAGCAACUCUCACACCUCUGUAGGAACAGUAACAGCCUUUCAUUAGUGGUAUCUCUUUGUUUUAUUUUGUUUUUUACAGAUUCUGUGUGCCUUUAUAUUCCACGUCAAUGAGAUUUUGAUCUGGAGGACCUUUGUGGGUUUGCAGAUGUUUGAUUAAGACGUAAGAUAAAACUACAGUCCUUUCUUCAGAGAGAUGGAUGCUUUCCAAAUCCUGCAUCACGCUGUUUUCCAGCAGGACUCCAAUGAAUGUAACACAGCUACCGCUGCCCGCUGGGUUGCGGUAUGAUCUCCCGCUAUUCGGCGGGGUUAGACGGGGUCCUCUUAAAGAUAAAUCACAUGUGAGUAAGACAUACUGUUUGGCACAUUAAGGCCAUUUGAAUGUAGCUACUUUUACAGUAGGUAAAAUGUGUUUCUAGCCGUUGGCCCUGCCAGUACCUCCGUGUACCUGUUCUUUUAGUAGCCUCAUGCAGUGAUAAAGCUGUUGAUUAAGGGAGCAAACUGUAUUCAUUAACUUGUUACUGGGUCUCCUGAGACCAACACAUACCCUGUAUUGCGGGUCAUUACAAUAUUGUCUUGUCUGUUUUAAUGUUACUAGGUUUUAGGAGAUGUUAGCUGGUUGCUUCUCUACCACCCCCCCCCGAAUUCAUGCAUUACUGUCCCGGCGCUUGACAGUAUGGUUUGACACACUAGACAUACAAUCCCACACUGCUCGCAAGUGGGGAUGUAGCAAGGAAUGUACUGUAGUGAAGAAAAUGACACCUACAGUGUUUCAGGUGGAGCUACGCGAUGGCUACGCUCACUGACUCUUGACCUGUCGUUUCAGAUCUGCAGCGAGGCAAGCAGAUAUGUCUGUUUGUAAUUUUGUAGGGAUUUGAAACCAGCGAGAACCACGGUGGGCAGGGUUGUUGUUUUCCACUUCUUUUUUUUUUUUUAUAGCUCGAGAUGUUUUCUAUCUUCAGACAUCACACACAGUAUGUGGUUACUGAGAUAUUUAAUGUGACUGACAAUGUUUCAGGUCAUAUUUUCGAUCUGUCUGCUUGUGGGUAAACUGCCUGCCCUCUGGCAGCUAAAUCACUUAAAAUACAGAUACUUCCUCUUUUUUUUUUUUUAGAUUUUUAUAUUAUUUAUUUUAAAGUAUCUUGCAGUGUUGUUUUGCAUCAACUGCGAGUGACAAGCACAGUUUUAAAGGGACUCCAGUGAAGAUUUGUGUUAAACUCUCACCAGGCCAGCCAAUGAUGUUACUGAGCAAUAACUAACAUUUCCUGCUUCGUUCUCUUGCUUUCUUUUUCUAAUUGUAUAUACUGUACAUGCACUGGCUUCUUUUACUUAAUGCAACCUUAUAAACUGCUUUGUGUACCAAAUGUAUUUUCACAAUAAAACUGACAAUUUCCAAUAAUAAUAAUAAUGCAAGUUAUUGUUGUGAAAACUGCAAGAAUGGCCUCUUCUUCUUAAGUAUGUCAGUAUGCAAAUGACCAGUCAAGACACAAACACUGUAUUUUCCAAGUCUUUUAAUUUCAACUAGUUUUAGUUGCAAUAAUUUGCUUAUAUUC